UGAAAUCUAAAACAUUAUUUCUUCAUUUAUUAAAUCAUACAUUUAGAAAUCUAAAGAAGAAUGCGAAGAAAAGAUGCAGAUUGUUAUGAAAGAAAUAAAACAAUUAAAAGAAAAGGAAAACAAAUUGAAUAGUGAUCACAUUGAAAUUAAAAAUGAACUUGAUAGAUGUAAAGCAAAAGUUCAAGAUAGCAAUGCCAAGAUAAAACACUGGACUUCUCAGCUAGAUAAUUUAAAAUUACAAGAAGUUGAUAAUGAAGUCCCAGAUAAGUUACCAAAAUUAGAUUCUGAAGAACUUAUGAAUGUUGAUUCAGAAUCAGUUAAGUAUGAAUUAUUAAUAAUGGAGGAAAGUUUACAGAAAAUGACACCUAAUAUGGCUGCUAUUGCAGAAUAUAAAAAAAAGGUAAGAAACUUGAAAUUUUAAACUUACAUAUACAGUAGAGUGUCAUUUAUCUGAAAGCUGAUCAACCGAAACAU